AUGCGGCGCUGCUCGGACUCCUCCUGCCCCGUCACCAAUGGCCUGCGCUUGGAGGGCCCGGUGCCCGUGGAGCUGCCCCGGGGGCCGGCGCCGGACGAGAGCCCCGCAGCUGAGGCGGGCCCGGGCGCCGGCACCGGCACCGUCAAGGUCUAUCUGCCCAACCAGCAGCGCACCGUGGUCAACGUGCGGCCGGGAGCCACUGUCUACGAUGCCCUGGACAAAGCGCUGAAGGUGCGAGGGCUGAACCAGAACUGCUGCGCGGUGUACCGGCGCCAGGGCGGGACGAAGUUGCUGACCGACUGGGACACGGACAUCACCCCGCUGGAGGGGCAGGUUCUCUACGUGGAGGUGCUGGACGAGGUGCCACUCACCAUGCACAACUUUGUCCGUAAGACGUUUUUCAGCCUGGCCUUCUGCGACUUCUGCCUCAAGUUCCUGUUCCACGGCUUCCGCUGCCAGACGUGCGGCUACAAAUUCCACCAGCAAUGCAGCAGCCGUGUGCCCAGCAUCUGCGUGGACCUGGACGCGGCCCACUGCCCGAUUUACAGCCACGACCCCUACCCCGACGUGCAGGGGCAGGAUUCCCCCUCGGCCCGGCCCGGCCUGGCCCCCCUAACGCCGCAGCCCACCAGCUCCCACCAGCAGUGCCUGAGCCCCGACGCCUUCAGCUUCCCGGACCCCCCCGGCGGGGGGCAGCCCCUCCAGCGCCACCGCUCCACCUCCACCCCCAACGUGCACAUGGUGAGCACGGCCGACCCCGGGGACGCCGCCGCCCGGCAGCGCCAGCCAGGGGGGAAGGGUUUCCCCCAGAUCCCAGCCCCGCCCAGGAGCCUCCCGGGCGGCGAGGCCCCCUCCAAGUCGCCCCCGCAGCCCCCCAAGGAGCGGAAGGGGUCAGCGUCGUCGGCCGAGGACAAGAAGAAGGUGAAGGCCUUGGGCUACCGGGACUCGGGCUACCAGUGGGAGGUGCCCCCGCACGAGGUGAUCCUGCUGCGCCGGGUGGGAGCUGUCUUCGGCACCGUCUACCAGGGCCUGCACGGCCAUGUGGCCGUCAAAAUCCUCAAGGUGACGCAGCCCACGGCCCAGCAGGUGCAGGCCUUCAAGAACGAGAUGCAGGUACUCAGGCGGACGCGUCACGUCAACGUGCUGCUGUUCAUGGGGUUCAUGACGCGGCCGAGUUUCGCCAUCAUCACGCAGUGGUGCGAGGGCAGCAGCCUGUACCGGCACCUGCACGUCUGCGAGACCCGGCUGGACGCCCCCGCCCGCACCGAGGUGGCGCGCCAGACGGCCCAGGGCAUGGAUUAUCUUCAUGCCAAGAACAUCAUUCACCGGGACCUGAAAUCCAACAACAUCUUCCUGCACGAGGGGCUGACGGUGAAGAUCGGUGACUUCGGCCUGGCCACGGUGAAAACGCACUGGAGUGGGGCCCGCCGGGUCGAGCAGCCCCGGGGCUCCGUGCUCUGGAUGGCGCCCGAGGUGAUCCGCAUGCAGGACAGCAGCCCCUACAGCUUCCAGUCCGACGUCUACGCCUACGGGGUGGUUCUGUUCGAGCUCACCACGAGCAGCCUCCCCUACGGGCACGUCCGCAGCCGUGACCAGAUCCUGUUCAUGGUGGGCCGGGGGUACCUGUCACCUGACAUGACCCGGGUGCCCAGCACCUGCCCCAAGGCCCUGAAGAGACUCAUGAUGAACUGCCUGAAAUUCAACCGAGACGAGAGACCCCUCUUCCCCAAGAUCCUGGCCACGGUGGAGCAGCUGCAGCGCCUCCUCCCCAAGCUGGAGCGAAGCAUGUCAGAGCCCUCCCUACACCGCGCCUCCCACCCCGACCCCCGCGGCUCCUCCCCCCCGUCGCCCCUGCGCCCCCUGGCCUAG